AGCGCGAGCGCUUCAUUCCCGCUGAAGCGGCGGCGCUGCGCGAAGCGCCCGCGAGCUCCAGGGCUCCGCGUCCGCGCGGACACUUGCACACACACAAAGACAUAAGGCACAAAGAUGCGCUCGCGGGGAUGUUGCACACGGAGCUCGCGCCAAAGGAUCGGGCCGCGCCGCUACAACUUCUAAAGCUUUUGCGUUUUGUUUCCGUUGUUUCUUUUUCUUCUUUCUUUUAAGCGCCGCGCAUCAAAGAGAGUUGAGAAGAAAAAAGAAGAGAUAAACGGAGAAGAGUAGGAGACAUGACGGCGCGCGCCUCUCCAUCGCCCCUGCUCAACGGGACCGGAACCGACGCUGGCACGGAGCACGCGCCCGGUGCCGAGGCAGGCUGGCGCGCGCUCCUGCUGUUCGGCGCGUCGCUCGCGCUGGGCGCCGUGGUGUGCGCGGGCGGCCUCUACUCGCUGGCGUCCGUGCCGCGCAUGCGCACCCGCACGCGCUCGCCGCUGUGCCUUAUCGUCGCGUGCCUGUCCGUGGACGACCUGGUCGGAGUGGUGACGCUCGCGCUCGCCGCGGUGCUGCAGUGGAGGAUGCGCGCGGGGGCGCACGGCGAGGGCGAGGACGGGGAUGCGGCGGUGUGCACGUGGGCCGGACUGCUGUACGUCUUCCACGGACUCGCGAGCAACAUGAAAGCGUGCCUGAUCGCCGCCUACACGCUGCACGCGAGCAAACGAAGGAGAGGAGCGCGAGCAGCUGGAGAAUCAGGAGGAGGAGGAGGCGUGCCGUGCGCGCUCGCCGCCGUAUGGGCUGCCAGCCUGGUCGUGAGCGCGCUCCCGCUCGGAGGAUGGGGUCGCUUCUCGCGCGCCUCUCUGGGUUGCCUGCCGGCGCGCGACGGCUUCUAUGUGCCUCUGCUCGUGGCGCUGUACGCGCUGUGCGCAUGCGUUAUGGCCGCCUGCUCCGCGCCGCUCACGCACCAGCUGCUGUGCUCGGCGGACGCGCUCCGCCGGUGGGAGGGAGCAGGCGGCGGAGCCCCGAGCGCAGAGGGCGAGGGGGCGGCGGCGCCCCUCUGCGUGGUCCAGUCCGUGUCCCGCGAGAGCCUAGACAGGAGCUACGGCGAGCUGGGCUCCGGCACGGUGGGUUGGUCCGAAUGCGGGGCGGAGGCGUGCCCCUGCUCUGUCAGUCAGGGGGUCCGGCACUGUCCUGUGGUCUUCGCGCAGAAACGCUUCUCCAUGAUUCUCGCCAUGGUGCGGAUUGUCCUGUGGAUGCCAAUGAUGGCCCAGAUCCUCGUCAGCCACGCUAUCCAGAUGCACAGCUCGUCUCUGGAGACUCUUUGUUUUUUCCUGACCUUGCUCUCAGCUGCGGUCACCCCGGUGUUCGUGCUGUCGGAGCGCUGGAUUCACCUUCCCUGCGGCUGCUUCAUCAACUGCCGCCGGGGCUCCACCUCCAUCUCUUCCACUACCAACAAAAGGAGGUUCGAAUUCAACCUCUCCUUCCAGCAAGGCUACGCCGUCUACAAGAUACCUCAUGUCACUUCACCCUCUGUAGAGAAGCCUUCCUACAACAGCCUCUACAACUGUGACUUCUCAGAAAGCCGGAUCGCGGUGCUGGACAGCGGUCAGAUCGCCAGCCUGUCUGUUCGUCACUUGGGGAGUCCGGAGGAAGCGGAGGACAUCUCCCUCCACAGUGAACUGCUCCUGGAAGCCGUGUCCAGUGAGGGCAGAGGGGAAGGCCUGCCCCAGCUCAGCUCGGGGGAACGGGACGGUUUUGGGAGUGUCUCGCCUCCAGUCUCCGCCUGUGAUGGGGAAGACCUCAAUCUAGACUCUUCUUCAGUGUUUGAUGGCCCAGAAAGAAGGCUGUCUCAUGAGGAGUGCCGCAAGAUCGAGCUGACGGACUGGGAGUGGUGCAGGAGCAAAUCGGAGAGGACCCCCAGACAGAGAUCAGCGGGUGCAGGUGGAUUGGCCAUCCCUCUGUGUGCAUUCCAAGGCACCGUGUCCCUCCACGCACCCACAGGCAAGACACUGUCCCUUUCCACCUACGAAGUCAGCAGUGAUGGCCUCAAAAUCUCCCCCAACAAUGCCAAGAAGGUGGAAGUGUACCGCUCCAAGUCCGUGGGCCAUGAGCCCAGUGCUGAAGAGCCCAACUCAGGUGGCAGCAGUGGAGGAGGAGGUCCUCCGGUGCCUGGAGGUGUAGCUGAUACCAAUGUAAAGAUCCACCUGGAGGUCCUGGAGAUCUGUGACAAUGAGGAAGCAAUGGAUAGCGUAUCCAUUGUCUCCAACAUCAGCCAGUCAUCGACUCACGCCCGCUCCCCAUCGCUGCGCUACUCACGCCGCGAGAACCGUUUCGUGUCAUGUGACUUGGGCGAGACAGCAUCUUAUUCACUGCUGAUCCCGACCAACCCAGAUGCCGACAGCAUCAACAUCCACAUCCCGGACACGGUGGAGGCGCACAGGCAGAAUAGCCGGCGCCAGCGCCAGGAUGCUGGUGGCUACCGGGAGGAGAUCCAACUUCUGAAUGAAGUCUAUAGGAGGCAGGGUGGUGACCUGGGUGACUGAGGUUCCAGCCUGCCAACUUCUAAGACUCUAGUCUGAACUGAGACGGACUUGGAAGGUGCUCUGAAUUAGAUUUUCGAAAGAAACCUGUGAUUUGUGUUGGUACAUGCUUUGAAAAUGUUAAAAGGCAGCAGGAUUUAGAGGAAAAAAGGGUAUGCAGUCAAGGUUUGAUCUGGACAAGGAAAAUGAGAAAGAAACAGCUAGGUAAAAAGAGAAAGAAAACUGAAUUGUUGGACAUGUUAGAUACAGUUGGCCACAGUAUGUAGAUCAAUUGAUCAAUUGGUUUAUACUCUGCAACAAAAGAAUUGGCAAAAGUGGCUUGGGCUCAUUCCCAUAUUAUUCUCGGCAACCGGGGUGUUGGUGUUUUAGAAUCAGCAACCAAGGUAUUGGUACAUGCAUCACUUGACCCAGAUGUAAGAUGUAAUCAUUUGGGGGCCAAGAUGAGGCCUAGAUUCAAACUGGAGAGAGGUGGGGGUUCGGAUAAGACUUGUUUGAGUUCGGGGACAUGAUUUAGGUCCUCAGUGAGGUCUGGGCAGGACAGAGACCCUCAGUGAAUGAAUAAUAAUGAAUAAUAGUGGCAGAAUGCCAGCAGGGCAAAUGAGAAUAGGGGAUCUAGGAGGAAAGAAACAUCCAGCAAAAAAAAGGAGAUAGGAGCUCAGUUUAUUACCAUACAGUUUUGGCAGAAGUUAUUUGGUUACUGGAUCGACCAGUGGAGAUCUUAACUAAUUACAUAAUUGGAGGAAAUCAGAAAAAAAGAAGAGUGUUUCCAGGAGGGAAGCUGUUUUUUCUUUACAGUUGCUACAGAAGCUAGGGGGUUACUUGCAAACAUAAGGAAUGAAUGUGGUCAGGGGUCACUAUUGGCUCAGAAACAAGAAUCAUUUCACUGUAGAGUCAUGAAGUCAUGGCAGAGGUUAAUUGGUUAUUGGAUCAACCAAUGGAGGUCUUACCCAGUAUUGUAAACUCUGUCUUGAGGAGGGAACUGGCACGUGAUCAAAGGCAAAAGAUAAGGGUCAACAAUUUGCUUAUUUUUUUCAAGACAAAGGGAGUUAUGGGAUACUCAGGUGGUGGUGGUUACUUGAAAAUGCACUGAGGUCAAGAGUCACUGGUGGUACCAGAACAAGAACAGUGUUUUACUAUAGAGGUUUGGCAGAGGUUAGUGGGUCACUGGAUCAACCAGUGGAUGUCUAACUCAAUUGUUUCUGAGAUGGAAAUGGAAAGUGAUCAGUGGCUACCAUAAUAAACAGAAGUGUUUUACCAUAAGACAUUAUGCCAGAGUCAUGGCAGAGGUUAACAGAUUAUUGGACCUACCAAACCAAUGGCGGUCUUACAUGAUUGGUGGAAAUCAGAGGGAAGGUCAGGGCAAAAUGAGGGAGUAGGUGCUUUUAGUUUAACAAAUUGCUAAAUUGUCCAAGACAAAGAGGGUUGGGGAUUGCAAACAUUCAAAAAGGAAUGUGGUCAAGGGUCACUAGUGGCACCAGAAUAAGAACAAUGUUUUACCUUACAGUUUGUGUCAGAGGUUUGCCAGAGGUUAAUGGGUCAUUGGACCAAACAAUGGAUGUCUAACUCAAUUGUUACUGAGGUAAUAACAUAAGGUUAUUGAGAAGGAAAUCAAUGCAAGUGAUCAGUGGUUAUCAGGGGGAAGGAAACAUGCUUUCAGGGGCAAAUAAAAGAGAAAGGGGCUUUUCUAAACUGUCCCAGACAAAGAGGGUUAAGCAAUACUCUGGUGGUGCUGUAGGGAGCUGCUUGGAAACGUGAUGAGGGAAUGUGGUCAAGGGUCACUAAUGGCACCAGAAUACGAACAGUGUUUUACCAUAAAGUUUGUGUCAGAGGUUAUGGAUCAUUGGAUCAACCAAUGAAGGUCUUACCCAAUUAUGCUAUUGAUGUCUUGAAGAGGAAAAUGCAAGUGAUUGGUCAGUAUCAGCUGGUAGGGAGG